AUGUGGUGGCCGGCGCUGUUGGCCUCCUCGGUUGUCCUCUGUGUGCAGGCAGCAUCCAAGGAUGCGGAUCUCAUCACCAACCUACCCGGAUUGACAUUUACACCAAAUUUUAAACAAUAUUCUGGGUUUCUACCUGCAACUCAAGGCAACUAUCUUCAUUACUGGCUCGUGGAAUCUCAAACCCAACCGGAAUGGGCACCGCUAGUACUGUGGUUGAAUGGAGGUCCAGGAUGUUCUUCACUCGGUGGUCUGUUCACUGAGAAUGGUCCAUUCCAUCCAAGUGUUGACGGAAUGUCUCUUGUGGAAAAUGUGAACUCAUGGAAUAAGGUUGCAAACGUUUUGUUUUUGGAAUCACCACGCGAUAUUGGUUACUCAUACAGAGAUUCCAACACUUAUGGUCCAGAUAAUGUAUAUAACGACGACAAAACAGCCACUGACAACGUUCUUGCCCUCAAAGAAUUCUUUCAAAAAUUUCCAGAAUAUCAGAACAGAGAUUUUUAUAUAACCGGCGAGUCAUACGGCGGAGUUUACGUACCCACCUUGACAAAUCUUGUGAUUCAAAUGAUUCAGAACGGAUCUCUGCCAAAUGUGAAACUUGCCGGUAUGGCAGUUGGAAAUGGAGAGUUAAGCGCACAACAGCAGACAAAUUCUGCUAUUGAUUUACUGUACUAUAGAGGAAUGAUUGGAAAACAACAGUACGAUUCGUUGAAAAAUUGUUGUGUGGAUGAUGAUUCGCAGCCGUUAGCCUAUUGUGAUUUCUAUCGAUUUGUACAAAUUGAUGAUUAUGGGAAUCUUUCACCAAAUAACAACACUAAUGAUCCGACAAAAAUCCAAUGUGGUAAGAUGGUAACCAGCUUGGUUAUGGAUUCGGUAUGGGCAACAGCGAAUGAUGUUUAUAAUUCUUAUCAAGAUUGCUAUAAUUUCACUUCGUUAAGCUCACAAGGUCUACAGGGUGCGGCUGGAAGACGAACAUGGAAAACAAUCAUGGGAUCGAAGCUGAUGCGUGCAAGUGUACAACAAAGUGAUUUGCUCAGAUCAAUGUUCAGCACUGGAUCUAAUCCAUUUGUGGAUCAAGGAGCCUUGUUCAACCAAGGAUCAACGGAUGCAAUUGGUGGAUUUCCUUGUUAUAUGGAUGCUGCUAAUCAAAUUUAUUUGAAUCUACCGGCAGUUCGACAAGCUUUGCAUAUUCCAGACUUUCUUCCAGGAUGGGUUGACUGCAAUGAUCCGGUUAAUGCUCAAUAUUAUCACCAACAGAAUCACGACAUGACACCUAUUUUUAAGAGAUAUAACCUAAAAAUGUUGAUCUAUAACGGUGAUGUAGACAUGGCAUGUAAUUUCCUCGGUGACGAAUGGUUUGUGGAGAAUUUGGCAGGGACUGUGUACAACUUCACGUUAAUAUCGGAUCGUUUCGCAUGGAACUAUACAAGAGGCUCAUUUCUACCACAACUUGGCGGCUAUGUGAAAUCCUGGAGUUACAAUAAAGUUCUCCUGGAUUUAUUGACAGUAAAAGGUGCCGGUCAUUUUGUGCCAACUGAUCGUCCUGGACCAGCGCUACAAAUGAUUUACAAUUUCAUCUAUACUGGAAAUUACAACAACACGGUGCCAUUUAACUUAAAUCCACAACCUCUGCUACCACAAUUUGUUUUACCACCUCAGCCAUCCUUCACUAGAAAACAAGCUGAUCGAGUUUGGACACUACCUGGAGUUACAUUCGAUUUGAAUUUCAAACAGUACUCAGGAUACCUCAAUGGAGUGCCAGGAAACUAUCUACAUUACUGGUUGUUGGAGUCACAAACAAAUCCUCAAAGCGAUCCGCUUGUUCUCUGGCUAAACGGUGGACCUGGAUGUUCAUCGCUGAUGGGUCUUCUCAGCGAACUUGGUCCUUUCCAUCCUAAUCCUGAUGGAAUGACAUUGUUCGAAAAUGUUUAUUCGUGGAACAAAGGAGCUAAUAUGCUUUUCUUGGAAUCACCUAGAAAUGUUGGAUUCUCAACGCAAAACAUGUCCAUAAAUCCGGAUACCCAGUACGAUGAUACAAAGGCAUGUACUUCUGUAGUGUUUUGUUGUUCUUCUUUAGUAUGUUGUUGA